GCUGAAUGCUUUGGUUUUAAAUGAAUUAAACAUUAUACAUUGUUGUUCGGAGGCGCCACGGACUGCAGAUUUAAAACCGGUUGUCUACUAACUCAUCUUGGCACUGGCACAGCUCCAGAACUCAUAGCGUGGGACAGUCUCUCAUUUAGCAGUUUCUCCAUGCACUCUCAGCACAGACAGACCGGUGGAAAUACUACGGUGCGCGCACAAACACACACACUCUAGUCUACACACAUUCCAGACACUUGCAGACGCUUGUGUUACGCGGACUCCACUAGAUACCGUAGCAGCUGGCGUUGCGAACUCAAGUCAACAAGAGGAAACAUCCACGAGUCGUGACAUCCUCGGAGUCGGCUCCGUUUACACAUCCGUACUCCACUCGCAUACUCAGACAGACAAGGACUCUUUCGGGACAGCUUCAGUGUUACUGUCUACCUUUGCCAACUUUCUAUAAACCAAGAAGGAUUGAAACACAGAUUUUGAUAUAAUUUUCCAGUGCGUGUUGGAGCGCCUAUAUAUUAUAUUUGUGGCAUGUUGUAGCGCACCGCCAGAGGAAGACAGCGACCAUACACAUGCUGGCUGGACACAAGUCCCUAGGUCAAGUUCAGUCUCUGACCCCCACCCCUCACCUUUGACCCCUCACCUUGGAUGGAAGAACGCACCCAUUCCUUUGGGAGGUUGAAGUUGAUGAGUUCCCCCAGCCUCAGUGACCUGGGGAAGAGUGACAAGGCAGCGUUGGAGGAGAGAGGGACACAGCAGAGAAAAGCUGGGGCUAACGCCACCUGGAACAGCAUCCACAAUGCGGUGAUAGCUGUGUUCCAGAGGAAAGACCUGGGAGAGAAUGACCUCUACAUCCUCAAUGAGGGAGUCAGGCAACUACUGAAGACGGAGCUGGGCUCUUUCUUCACUGAAUACCUCCAGAAUCAGCUGCUGACAAAGGGAAUGGUGAUACUGAGGGACAAAAUGCGUUUCUAUGAAGGUCAGAAGCUAUUGGACUCCUUGGCAGAGACGUGGGACUUCUUCUUCUGUGAUGUUCUGUCCAUGCUUCAGGCUAUCUUCUACCCAGUACAGGGUAAGGAGCCGUCGGUGCGGCAGCUGGCCCUGCUUCACUUCAGGAGCAUUAUCACUCUGAAUAUCAAGCUGGAGGACGCCUUGUCCCGCCCCCGCGCCCGUGUCCCCCCCUCUAUCAUACAGAUGUUACUGGUACUGCAGGGUGUCCAUGAGUCUAAAGGAGUGACUGAGGAGUACCUGCGUCUGGAAGCUUUGGUUCAGAAGGUGGUGUCUCCAUACCUGGGAACCCACGGCCUCUACUCCAACGACGGAUCCUCAAUGCAAUACUCCUCCUGCGUACUGGAGAAGCGUCUGCAGCGGUGCUGGCCCAAGUCAGGCGACGCCCCCGUGAAGAACCUGGUGAUGCGCUCCAAGUCCUACAACGUGCCCAUGUUGACGCCUGUGGUGGAGUAUGAUACGGAGACAGGCUCCGUGAGCAGCAUGGGCAUCCGCCGCCAUUCCGUCUGCGAGAUGACUUCCUGUCUGGAAGAAGGCGCCAUCAACGACAUCAGCACCACUUCCUCCCUGGCCUCCGCGGCCCAGCCGGGCCUCUCCUCCCUGGAGCAGAAGCUCAGCCUGACAGGGGUUGUUAGUGGUGGAGGAAGUCUGGAUCUCUGUGGGUCUGUGGGGUCUGAGUCUUUAGGGUCCCACCUCCAGCCCUCCAUCUUUCAGGGCUCUCACUCCCCAGGACCCUUCCUCCACGGCGGGGGGUCGACGGUGUCCCCCUCUGUUCUGUGUCAGGUCCACUCUGGUUCAGAGACGGGGUCGAUCCCCAGCUGUUCCUCCAGCCCGGAGACAGUGGUAGAUCAGAUACUGGACUCUAUGGACUCUGACCUUGAUGGCAUCUUCAUAGACUUCUCCCUCCACAGCUGCUCAGACUCUUCAUCCUCUGAUUACAGCAGGGAGAGUGGUAGACAGAGUGUGGUGUAAUUUGGGGUUUUCUGGUAACUAAUCACAGUUGGAUGAUCUAUGUGAUUGCCUGCUUAUUCACUACUGAUUUCUGGAAAAUCUGUGACUAGUGAGAAUGUGUCUGGAGAUUUGCAGCCCUAGAGGUCUGAUGAAUCUCAAGGGAUUAUCACACGUACUGACACCAUCUGUACUCCACUCACACUGUCGUCUCUAAAAACACACCGCUCUUUCUGGGGUCUAUUUUUCAUGGAAUAUUUCUACAGUAAAUUCCUUUAGCUUGAUUUUCACUUCUAGUGCUUCAUUUUGAGGAUAAACUGUACUUAUUUGUAUUUAUUUGUGUUUGUAUUGUUGAUGUUCAGUGACUGACAACUUUGAAACAGAGGUGUCUCUUCAGGUCUUGUGAAAGGAAACAGUCUGAGGGUGUCUCUUCAAGUCUUGUGGAAGGCCCAGUGGAAAGGAGGAGAGAUCAAUCAGACCUAGCUGAGCUCUCUGGGAUGACCCACACCUGGUUCACCAGAGGUCAUGAGUUCAUUGCUUUCGCAACAUGUCUCUUGUUCAAGAGGAAGUGCUGGGGAGAGGAGAUAAGAUAGUGUUCACAUGUCUUCAUUUUAAGCAGUAGGUAUUGUGUAGGCCUGGGUGAUAUUUCUGCCUCAGUGAUCUGUGGCUGGGCCUUUGUUUCUGCUUCAACAUCGCCCCCAUGUGGACGGGAUGUGCAAGUGCCUGCUGCGCCAGAGUCAAAUCUUAAUGUCAAAUACACAAAGAGAUGUGUUUUGGAACGUGAAGGGAUCUGGCGGCUCAGUGGUAAGGAUCUCACCCCAUAAGCAUGGGGUCGUAGGGUAUGAUUCCUGACAAAGCCUGGAGGACUGUGACAACUGCUGGGGGUUUCCCCUCCUGUGAACAGCAGCAGGUAUGUGGGAAAAGUAGGCCUGUAGGUUUAAAAAAAGAUCCAUUUGAAAAUGAAUGGUCUACUUUCUCAGAGGUUUAUGACCACAACACAUCCUGAUCCAGAGCUGUGGCUUGAACCUACAACCCUGAACAUAUGGGGUGAGAUCUUUACACCAGAGCCCCAGACUCCUUCACACCUCUUAACUGUUUUCUUUGUCAUUGUCACAUUGAGAAUUGCUGAAAUUACCAAUAACUCAAACCCAAGAUUUGAACCCAUAACCUCUAUGGUUGAAGGUAGGAAAUGAACCUCAAAGCCACAGACUCUCACACUUCUAGCUCUUCUUACGACGAUCCAAAUAGUUAAACACCUUCUCUCAACUAAUGAUUUAGUAAGAUUGUUUGUAUUCUAAAUGACCUUGUAUGACACAGCCAUGUACAAUUUAUGGAGUUGGUUUUAUGAUUUUCUAAACACAAUGACAUGUUGAAAUGUAUUGCCAUUAAUUAUUGUAGCAUUUGAUGGACAAGUCAUUCUGAUUUGAUCUCAUGAUUAUGUCAAACGGAACCUCAACUCAAACUUGACAUUUAAUGAAGAAUUUUUGUUGGUCUGUUCCAAGAUUCUGGGCUUGAUUCAAUCCGUAGUGCUGAAGAUCUGCUGUACAGCGUGAUUCAAUCCGUAGUGCUGAAGAU